UAGUGACGAAUAUAAGAAUCGAAUCUAUUUAGUAAGAAAGCCAUUAACUUCUGCGCGCCUUCUUUCUAAAUUCAUCCGAUAUCAUCUUUCACACCAUCAGCCAUGGCUCAAGAGUCCUCCAGUCUUGCAACAAAGAGGUAUGCAGUUGUGACAGGAGCAAACAAGGGGAUUGGAUAUGAAAUAUGUAGGCAGUUGGCCUCUAAUGGGAUUUUGGUGGUGUUGACAGCCAGAGAUGAAAAAAGGGGUCUUGAAGCUGUUCAAAAGCUGAAAGAUUCUGGCAUCUCUGAUGACCUUGUGAUUUACCAUCGACUUGAUGUGGCUGACCCUGAUAGCAUUGUUUCCCUUGCUGAAUUUGUGAAAAAUAAUUUUGGAAAACUUGACAUCUUGAGCCUUGAUGACCAAGUGAUCACGAGUUCGAAUCUCACCAUCCCUAUUUAUUUGAUAAAAAUUAAGCACAAGGUGAACAAUGCUGGGAUUGGUGGAGUUGCACUAGAGGCAGAUGCUUGUCAAAGAGCCUUUGAACAAACUGGUGAAUUUCCAUCUGGGGAGCAAGUUUGGGCUGAAAUUGGAACUCAAAAUUAUGAGAUGGCAGAACAAUGUGUGAAAACAAACUACUAUGGUGCAAGAGGAAUGGCCGAAGCACUUGCGCCCCUCCUACAGUUGUCUGAUUCACCAAGAAUUGUAAAUGUCUCUUCACUGCUGGGGCUCUUAAAGAACAUACCCAAUGAAUGGGCCAAAGGAUUGUUAAAUGAUGUUGAAAAUCUCAAUGAAGAUAGACUAGACGAGGUUGUGAACGAGUUUCUUAAAGAUUUUAAAGAAGAUUUGUUGGGAUCCAAAGGCUGGCCAACUUAUCUGUCUGCCUAUGUUGUUGCUAAAGCUGCCAUGAGUGCCUAUACAAGGAUUCUGGCCAAGAAGUAUCCAAGCUUCUGCGUCAAUUGUCUCUGCCCUGGCUAUUGCAAAACUGACAUAACUGCCAACACCGGCCCUUUCACCGCUGCUGAAGGAGCCGAAAAUGCUGUGAGAUUGGCAUUGCUGCCUGAUGGUGGGCCUUCUGGUUGUUUCUUUUAUCAGAAACAAAUGCUACCGUGCUUUUGAAUGAAAAUCAAACAUGAUAAUCAUGAUGUAGAAAACGGCUACAAGGUUUUGAAAAUUUUCUCGUCGAUGUAUUCUCAUCCCAAACAGGUUAAACUGAAAGAUAUUGUCUAUGUUUAAAGAAUGUCUUAGAAAGCUGCAGAAGACAAGGAAGCUUUGUUGUUGCUUGUUCAGGGGAUUUCAUAAAUGAAGAUCUCUACUUGAAGACCAAGAUUUUAGGAAUAAAUUUUCUGAUCACAUUUGAUUUGUUGUUAUGCAAUUUUUAAAUUUUGAAUAGUCUUGGUUUCCAAGUAAAACUCUAUCUCUAUUUAAGACUAUUCUGAAAUCAAUAAUAUUAUCUUCUUCUAA